AUGGACUUCACUACCCCUUCCAUUGACUUCAUCUUCAUCUUGGCCUUCAUCAUAUCCAUCCCAAGUUCACUUUCCGUACCAUUCAUCGUGCUUCAUGGCAUUGGAGAUCAGUGCUCUAAUCGAGGAGUUAAACAGUUUACAGAGGAACUGAGGAACUUUUCUGCUGAAGGAUAUGGAUAUGUGCAAGAAGUUGGCGAUGGAACAUGGGAUUCCUGGUUUCUGCCUCUUGAGGAACAGACCAGAAUUGUUUGUGACAAGGUAAAAGAAAUGGAAGAACUGAGACAAGGUUACAACAUUGUUGGUCUCUCCCAGGGUAAUUUGAUUGGCCGAGGUGUUGUAGAAUUUUGCAUCGAAGGACCUCCUGUUAAGAAUUUUAUCUCUUUGGGAGGACCUCAUGCGGGUACUGCUUCGGUGCCUCUUUGUGGUUCUGGUAUAUUUUGCAUUAUUGCAAACCAGCUACUCAAAUCAGAGAUCUACUCUGACUAUAUCCAAGCUCACUUGGCUCCCAGCGGUUAUCUUAAAUUACCAAAUGCAAUGGCUGACUAUUUAGAAAAAUGUAAGUUUCUUCCAAUGCUCAACAACGAAAGACCGGAUGGGAAAAACUCCACUCUCAAGGAAAGGUUUAGUAGCUUAGAGAACCUGGUGCUUAUCAUGUUUGAGCAUGACACUGUUUUGAUACCUAAGGAGACCUCAUGGUUUGGUUAUUACCAAGAUGAUACCUUCAAAUCAAUUUUAAGUCCACGACAGACCAAUCUCUAUAAGGAGGACUGGAUCGGUUUGAGAGCCUUGGAUGAAGCUGGAAGGGUUAAGUACAUCAGUGUUCCAGGAGGUCAUCUCGGAAUCUCCACGAGCGACAUGAAGAAGCAUGUGGUACCUUACUUGAACAGUUUAGCAUCAACAGAGAUUGGAAAAAAGGAAGGUAAUGAUCCUAGAAAGAGUGGAGUUCAACAUAGAAUGCCUCUUUUGGAUGAGAAAGCAUCAACUGAACUUGUUCUAGAAGGAUCAUCAUCAUACAGAUGGCCCUUACCAGUCAAGACUUUGUUCAGUGAACUUCUUGGGCUCACAGAAGACGAGUCACUGCCUUAG